CGCUCCCCGGGGCAUCACGUGGGGGCGGGCGGAAGCGCCCGGCGGGGUGGGCGCGCCCCGCUUGCGGUCGCGAGUUUACGGCGGCUUGAGUCCGUGGCGGCGCCGGGACCCCGGUCCCCGGGUCCGCACGUGGAAUCUUCGCCCAGAACAGGUUCCCCUUUGAUCAAGAUGAGGAGCCAUUCAGAGUAGCUGCUGCCUCUGGGAGGAUCCCUGGUGUCCUGGGCAGCCCAGUAGGUCCGGACAGGGCCCUGCUGGCUGGCCUCUGCUGGCAGGAACCAUGGCAGAGGCCGGGGAUGCAGCACUGUCCGUGGCUGAGUGGUUGCGGGCACUCCACCUGGAGCAGUACACUGGGCUCUUUGAGCAGCAUGGACUGGUGUGGGCCACCGAGUGCCAAGGCCUCAGUGACGCCCGCCUGGUGGACAUGGGCAUGCUGCUCCCUGGUCACCGCCGCCGCAUCCUGGCUGGCCUGCUCCGUGCCCACACGCCCCCAAGCCCUGCACCCCGCCCUACCCCCCGGCCCGUGCCCAUGAAGCGUCAUGUCUUCCGCUCACCGCCUGUGCCUGCCGCUCCACCGGAGCCACUGCCCACGGCCGGAGAGGACGAGGGGCUACCCACCGCCCCACCCAUCCCACCCCGGAGGAGUUGCCUUCCGCCUGCCUGCUUCUCCGCCCCAUCCGCAGCAGCCCCAGACCCUGUGCUGCCCCCGCUGCCUGCCAAGCGGCAUCUGGCAGAGUUCAACGUUCCGCCUGUGCCCCCCCGCACUGGGACCCCCCGCCAGCUGGUGAGCCUUCCCUCCAGGGAGGAGGAGUUACUGUCAUCACCACCAUCAUCGCCUCCCCAGCCAGCGCCUGAGGAGCCCCCGGCCACCUUCCCCCGAGUGCCUCCACAGCCCCCGUCUCCACCUCCCAGCCCCCCGGAGAUCCCCCCGAAGCCUCUUCGCCUGCCCCCAGAGUUCGAUGACUCUGACUAUGAUGAGCCUCCAGAGGAGGGGCCAGCGGCCCCAGCUGGCGUGAUGACCAAGAAGGAGGAGCUCCCAGUGAGCCAAGUCCCACGUGCCGUGCGUGUGGCCAGUCUGCUGAGCGAGGGGGAAGAACUGUCUGGGGACGACGACCAACCAGAUGAAGAUGAGGAUGACCACGCCUAUGAGGGCGUCCCCAAUGGUGGAUGGCACAAGAGCAGCCUGAACUCAUCCCUGCCCAGCAGCCUCCUGAUCCCCGAGCUCCCACCACACCCCAUGGACGGGCUCCCCGGGGGCUCCACCCCCAUCACACAGGUCAUCAAGGCUGGCUGGCUGGACAAGAACCCACCGCAGGGAUCUUAUAUCUAUCAGAAGCGAUGGGUGAGACUGGAUGCCGAUCAUCUGAGAUACUUUGACAGUAACAAGGACGCCUACUCUAAGCGCUUUAUCUCUGUGGCCUGCAUCUCCCGCGUGGCUGCCAUUGGGGACCAGAAGUUUGAAGUGAUCACGAACAACCGGACCUUUGCCUUCCGGGCAGAGAGUGAUGUGGAGCGGAAGGAGUGGAUGCAGGCCCUUCAGCAGGCGGUGGCUGCUCAGUAUGCCCGGGCCCAGCUGUCUAGCGCUUAUCCGUUGGGUAUUCGAGGCUCAGAGCCACCUGACCGUGCUGGCAGCCUGGAACUACGUGGUUUCAAGAAUAAACUGUAUGUGGCCGUGGUUGGGGACAAAGUGCAGCUGUACAAGAAUCUGGAGGAGUACCACCUGGGCAUUGGCAUCACCUUCAUUGACAUGAGCGUAGGCAACGUGAAGGAAGCAGACCGGCGCAGCUUCGACCUCACCACCCCCUACCGCAUCUUCAGCUUCUCGGCCGAAUCGGAACUAGAGAAGGAGCAGUGGCUGGAGGCCAUGCAGGGAGCCAUUGCCGAGGCCCUGUCUACCUUGGAGGUGGCCGAGCGCAUCUGGGCUGUGGCCCCCAACAGGUUCUGUGCCGACUGCGGGGCUGCCCAGCCUGACUGGGCCUCCAUCAACCUCUGUGUCGUCAUCUGCAAGCGCUGUGCAGGGGAGCACCGUGGCCUAGGCGCUGGGGUCUCCAAGGUGCGGAGCCUGAAGAUGGACAGGAAGGUGUGGACGGAAACACUCAUUGAGCUCUUCUUACAGCUGGGCAAUGGCCCUGGGAACCGCUUCUGGGCAGCCAAUGUACCCCCCAGUGAGGCUCUGCAGCCCAGCAGCAGCCCCAGUGCCCGGCGGCGCCACCUGGAGGCCAAAUACCGUGAGGGCAAGUACCGCCGCUAUCACCCGCUCUUUGGCAACCAGGAGGAACUGGACAAGGCUCUGUGUGCUGCAGUCACUACCACAGACCUGGCUGAGACCCAAGCUCUCCUGGGCUGUGGGGCUGGAGUCAACUGCUUCUCAGGGGACCCUGAGGCCCCCACGCCCCUGGCUCUUGCCGAGCAGGCAGGGCAGGCGCUGCAGAUGGAAUUCCUACGGAACAACCGGACCACGGAGGUGCCUCGGCUGGACUCAGCGAAGCCUCUGGAAAAGCACUACUCAGUUGUCUUGCCGACUGUGAGCCACAGUGGCUUCCUCUACAAGACUGCUUCUGCCGCCAAGCUGCUGCAGGACCGCCGUGCCCGGGAAGAGUUCAGCCGACGCUGGUGUGUCCUUAGCGACGGGGUCCUGAGCUACUAUGAGAAUGAGCGGGCAGUGACCCCCAACGGCGAGAUUCGGGCCAGUGAGAUUGUGUGCCUGGCAGUGCCCCCUCCUGACACCCACGGCUUUGAGCACACCUUUGAGGUGUACACGGAGGGAGAGCGGCUGUACCUGUUUGGUCUGGAGAGUGCAGAGCUGGCUCGUGAGUGGGUCAAGUGCAUUGCUAAGGCGUUCAUACCUCCCCUGGCUGAAGAUCUGCUGGCCCGGGAUUUUGAGCGGCUUGGGCGCCUACCCUACAAAGCUGGCCUGAGCCUACAGCGGGCCCAGGAGGGCUGGUUCUCCCUCACUGGCUCCGAGCUCCGUGCUGUCUUCCCAGAGGGGCCCUGCGAGGAGCCGCUCCAACUUCGGAAACUGCAGGAGCUUUCCGUCCAAGGGGACAGCGAGAACCAGGUGCUGGUGCUGGUGGAGCGAAGGAGGACGCUGUACAUCCAGGGGGAGCGGCGGCUGGACUUCACAGGCUGGCUGGGGGCCAUCCAGAAAGCAGCGGCCAGCUCCGGGGACACGCUGUCGGAGCAGCAGCUCGGAGACUCAGAUAUCCCAGUGAUCGUCUACCGCUGUAUAGACUACAUCACGCAGUGUGGCCUGACUUCUGAGGGCAUCUACCGCAAGUGUGGGCAGACAUCAAAGACUCAGCGGCUGCUGGAGAGUCUGCGGCAGGACGCUCGGUCUGUGCGCCUCAAGGAGGGCGAGCAGCAUGUAGACGAUGUCUCCUCAGCACUCAAGCGCUUCCUGCGAGACCUGCCCGAUGGUCUCUUCACUCGCGCCCAGCGCCUAGCCUGGCUAGAGGCCUCAGAGAUUGAGGACGAGGAGGAGAAAGUCUCCAGAUACAGAGAGCUCUUGGCACAUCUGCCUCCAGUCAACCGAGCCACAGUGAAGGCCCUUAUCAGCCACCUGUACUGCGUCCAGUGCUUCUCAGACACAAACCAGAUGAACACGCACAACCUGGCUAUUGUGUUUGGACCCACGCUCUUCCAGACAGAUGGACAGGACUACAAGGCUGGCCGUGUGGUAGAAGACCUCAUCGGCCACUAUGUGGUGGUGUUUAGCGUGGAUGAGGAAGAGCUGAGGAAGCAGCGGGAAGAGAUCACUGCCAUUGUGAAGAUGCGUGUGGCUGGCACUGCCAGCGGGACCCAGCAUGCCGGUGACUUCAUCUGCACAGUGUACCUGGAGGAGAAGAAGGCAGAAACCGAGCAGCAUAUCAAGAUCCCAGCAGCCAUGACAGCUGAGGAGCUCACCCUAGAGAUCCUGGAUCGCAGGAAUGUGGGCAUCAGGGAGAGGGACUACUGGACCUGCUUUGAGGUCAAUGAGAGGGAGGAGGCAGGUGGUGUUUUCCCCAACGAGGACACGGGAAAGAUCACUGGCUUCAGUUGGAACAGCUUUGGUCCCAGCCAGUUGUGUCAGACCUGCAGCUCGAGCAUGGAAAGGGUAGUCCUGCUGGUGAUGUGUUGUGGCGCUGAGCGCCCCCUGCACUUUGCGGAGAAGGUGCUGCCCAUCCUGCACGGGCUGGGCACAGACAGCUACCUGGUGGUGAAGAAGCACCAGUCCAUGGAGGCCAUGCUGCUGUACCUGGCCAGCCACGUAGGCGACACCAAGCACGGCAUGAUGAAGUUCCGUGAGGACCGUAGCCUCCUGGGCCUGGGCCUGCCCUCAGGUGGCUUUCACGACCGAUACUUCAUCCUCAACAGCAGCUGCCUGCGGCUCUACAAGGAGGUCCGGAGCCAGAGGCCAUGGAGCGGGGCCCCUGAGACCAGUCACCGGCCUGAGAAGGAGUGGCCCGUCAGGAGUCUCAAAGUCUACCUGGGAGUGAAGAAGAAACUCCGGCCACCGACCUGCUGGGGCUUCACAGUGGUGCACGAGACAGAGAAACAUGAGAAGCAGCAGUGGUACCUCUGCUGUGAGACACAGAUGGAGCUCCGGGAGUGGUUUGCCACCUUCCUCUUUGUGCAGCAUGACGGCCUGGUGUGGCCCUCGGAGCCCUCCCGUGUAUCCCGGGCAGUGCCUGAGGUCCGGCUGGGCAGUGUUUCAUUGAUCCCUCUGCGCGGCAGUGAGAACGAAAUGCGAAGGAGUGUGGCCGCCUUUGCUGCGGACCCCCUUUCUCUCCUCCGCAACGUCUGAGCGCAGAAGCCAGCCCCUGGCUCUGAGACUCUGCCGCCCUGAAGCCUUCCUGUUCAGACACCCUCGUGCCCUGCGUGCCUGGUGUGAACCAGCAGGGGAUGCAUGAGGAAGCCGCACCCCACAUCCCACAUCCUGGUUGCAACAUGGGGUUCCCUGGCCAGGAAGUGGGGGGCAGCAGGGUCUGCCUGAGGAGGACCCCUCAUCUGUUGUCUGGGUGCUUCUCCUGGCCUGGCCUGCUCCCCCCUCCAGGGUCACCCACCCUGAGUGUGAGGGGUUGGAGAGAUGGGAUGUGCAUCAUUCAGAAACUCUGGAGGACCACCAUCCUUGCAGAGGCUCGAAGCCCUGGGGCCCCCGCUGGAAGGGAGCCCACCCUCUUGUCACAAACUCCAGAACAGCAAAAAGUGGAUGCUCUAAAGGAACACUCAGCUGGGAUAGGGAGGGAGCUCUUGGGUAAGUUUCUCUAUAGCCUAGAACUGGGGCUGGGGGACUUGAGGAGCCUCCUCUGGUCUAGGCUGACUGGGAGGGCCCAGGCCGCCUGGUGCCCCUUCCCCACUUUGGGGGCCUUUUGAUAAUAUAAAUAUAUCUGUAUAUUUUAUCCUA